AUGUCUUCUCUCGGACCUAACAAUUUUGCCAAUGACGGUAGUGCCGUUAUAGAGCGAACAAUUGAAGUUCGUGGCAAAAAGCUGGCGAAAUCGAAGGAAGAAUUGGAGUAUAUUUAUGAAAUCGAGCGUACCGUGGAAAUGAUUUUGAGUGGAGGUUAUGAAAGAAUCGCUCUUCAAUUCCCGGACGAGCUAUUAGCUGAUUCAGCCGAAGUUGCAACCGUAUUGCGCGAUCGAACCCAGAAAAAGAUCUUUAUUUUAGCUGACACUUCUUAUGGCAGCUGUUGCGUUGACGAAGUUGCUGCUCAACAUGCUAGUGCUGAAUGUAUUGUCCAUUAUGGCCGUUCGUGUUUAAGCCCUACUUCUCGCCUAUCUGUCCUAUAUGUGUUCGGUAAACACCCAAUAGACAUUGAUCAUUGUUUAGAAGUAUUCGAUUACUUGUUUGAUCAUAAUAGCACUAUAAAAAUAAUCAUCAUGUAUGAUGUAGUAUAUUCUUAUUGCAUCGACAAAUUCGUACACGAUGUGCGAAAAAUUUUGAAGUACACAAAUGUUAUUCAAUCUUUCGUCAAGACGGACUGUAAUAUAUCACAAGGAUUAAAAGAUAUGAAUAGUCCUCAACUCAACGGAAGAUAUUAUAAACUUUUUGAGGAAACAAGCAUUGAAUCUUAUACGAUUUUUUAUAUUGGUGAAGAAAGUGCAACACUAGUAAACGUCUUACUGACAUACAAUAAGUGUAAGGUCUAUUCAUACAAUCCUGAAACGCGAAUAGGGCGCCAAGAGACACUGCCGAAAAAUAAAUCUUUGAUGAGACGCUUUUACAUGGUUCAAAAAGCUAAAGAUGCAGACGUCAUUGGCAUAGUGGUGGGUACUUUAGGUGUAGCAUGUUAUUUAGAAAUAAUCUCUCAUCUCAGAAGGGUAAUUAUUCGUGCAGGAAAAAAGCCUUACACAUUCGUGAUGGGCAAACUCAACGUGGCAAAGAUGGCAAAUUUUAUGGAAAUCGAUUGCUUUGUACUCGUAGCUUGUCCAGAAAAUAGUUUACUUGAUUCGAAGGUCGAAGCAAUGGACCGGAGAAUAUAUUACGGAUUUUCAGCAAUUACUAUCUGGUGGCCCGAAAAUGAGGACGAACCACAUUUCUCUUUGGUCACAGGCAAAUUUAAACAAAGAAAAUACCUAAUUAAUAAUUCAUCACAAUACGAUCCCACAAAUAAUGUUACUGAUUUAAUGUUGCGCAAUCAACACACAUCAAUUUCUACGGCGUCGGAUAGCGUUGCCGGAGAAUAUCUAAAUUCUCGAACAUUUCGAGGAUUGGAACCAAACAUUGGUGAGACCGCAGUACAAAUUGCUGAAGAAGGCCGAACUG